AUUCGCGGGCCGUACUAUGCCCCUGUGACGAAGACCUAUCUCGAUGAGCUGCUUAGCGAUUGGGGCGAGUUUGUCGACGGGAUCAAGUUUGCCGGGGGGGCGUUCACGCUCAUGCCGGAUAAUCGCCUGAAGGCGCUCAUCGACACGGCCCAUAAGCACGAUUGCUAUCUCAGCACUGGAGGGUACAUCGAGCGCGUCCUCUCCGCUUCAGCGGGUGACAAAGACACCGUCGAGAAGUACAUCAAGAAAGUGCGUGAUGUGGGGUUUGAUGUGCUAGAGAUCUCCUCCGGAUUCCUAUCCAUCCCGACCGAGGAUUGGGCAGAGAUCGUCAGGCUUGUCAAGAAGUACGGACUGAAGCCCAAGCCGGAGGUAGGUAUCCAGUGGGGUGCAGACGGAGACGCGAGCAUCGAGGAGCUCGAGAACGCUGGCACGAGGGAUCCAAAGUGGCUCAUUGACCGCGCGAAGAUGUUCUUGGAUGCGGGGGCCUCUAUGAUCAUGAUCGAAAGUGAGGGCAUUACGGAGAAUGUCAAGAACUGGCGUACAUAUGUUAUCUCUGCUAUCACAUCUGCUCUUCCAAAUGACAAGAUCAUGUUCGAAGCUGCCGAUCCUGAAGUGUUCGCCUACCACAUCCAGAACCAAGGCGCGCAUGCGAACCUGUUUGUUGACCACUCGCAGAUCGUCCAGCUUGCGUGCCUUCGGAAAGGCAUCUGGGGUACAGGGAGCACUUUCUCCCGUAUCGUCACGUUCAAGCCCUGA